GUUUCUACAAAUCCGCAAAUAGACUUCUACGAAGGUUCAGAUCGUAGAAAUCUGACUUCUCGAAAGGUUGAAGCAUAAUGGGUCACAAAUAUGGUCGGCCCAGUCGGUUCGGGGUACCAGCGGGCCUAUAAAACUUCGCCCAGGUCAAGAUCCACUUUCUUCCGACGGGUCAUCCUCCUUUCCCGCGUUUCCGGUCCCGCCGAUGGGACUGGUUCCCGCGAAAAAGAAGCCGGACACGUCUCCGAGCUAAAUAUGGCCGGACUCGGUCGUUUGUCAUCGCCCCACCAUCCUACUCUUCUGUCCUACGCAUACUACACGGACUUUGCCAGAUCCUACGAUCUCGUCGGCCAACAGACGCAACGUGGCCGUGCUAAGAAAAACUCGUUCAUCGAAAUUUUGGCUAAGGCGGAUGUUUGGGCCGUUUCCACCAGGCUGCCUCUGGCUUGUCUGCCACUGGGAUAUUUUGGGGUUCAAGGAACUUUCGCACCCUCCACGUGUAUUCAAAGUUUUAAUUCGGUGAAAAACAUUUCGACUUCCAACGAAGGUGUUGGAGGAACUUUUAGAUUGUGCAAGAAAUUGAUGAAGUUGAUGUGUAGUUCUGCUGUUAACUGUUAUGCUAUACUGCUAGUGAUUUUUACUGUAAAAUUUAGUUAUAACUGAAGAUCUUAGUCAUUUGAUCAUAUCUAAUUUAAA